AUGCCUUCGUCGAGGGAUCCAUUCGAUGAAUCUGUCAGUGACCUUCGCGAGCUGGUCGCAAGGGCAAAGAAUGCGCAGGAGUCGGUGAGGACGAAGGGUCUGGUAGACCGUGGCGUUGUUGCAGAUGUGCAACGCAUACUGGAUGCAGCAGAUGAAGAGCUGGAGCUCUUGAAAAGCGUUUUACAAGUUAUCGAGGAGCGCAAUGGCAGAGUAGGAGGACAGGUUUUUUCAGUGAAUGAGGUGCUUCGGCGUCAAGGGGUUGUUCGUGAUCUUGAAGAGGAGUUGAGAGGUAUUCACACGUUUCGUGAUGUGGUGGAGGAAAGAGUGGAGGAUAUGGAGAAAAGAAAUCAGGCGAUGAGUUCUGUUGGUAGCCACGCUAAUGACGAGUUUUUUUUGGACCAGGAACUUGCACAAAGAGAGGAACAGCAGCAGCAGGACAUGAUACUGGAUAGGCUUGCGUACGGCCUUCAGGAGAUACGGGAAACCGGAAUUAACGUGAAUGACGAGCUGCAACAGCAAGAAGUGUUGCUGGAAGAAGCUCAGCGGGAUGUCGACGGCGUUCAGACGCGUUUGCGUGUUGUCAACGCGAAGGUUGACAAAUUACUUGCCAAAAUGUCAAACAAAGGGAAGAUCUGCACAAUUGUGUGCCUGAUACUGACACUAGUGUUUCUCCUCUUUCUUGUGGGCGCGUGA